CUUUGCUGUCGAGAAACCAUUGUGUAGGAUUUUAUAUUGUGUUUUCAGACCCAGUUGAUAGCGCUACCGUACUUUACCCUGGAAAAAACACUUGAGCGCGGCCUUUACGUGGGAAGCUUGCAUACACGAUAGGAAGUUGGUAGACAUAUUUUACUCGCCUGUUUAAUUUUGCUUCUGGGUUCUCAGCUGGGCACACCGGCCGCGGUCAAAGCCUACAAGGAUAAACCAUUUUGGACUUGUGCUUCGGAACACCCGUUACCUAUUACAGCUAGGCAACAGGCCUUGAUCACAUCAGGAGUCUGCACCACGCGCCCUGGCUCGUCCAGCAAUUGCCCAUGCAAGCCCUGUCGGGCUAACCACCCGUCAGCCAACAGCAGUAGACGCGGACAUGGCCGCACGACGGCGCUACAAAUCAUAAAAACCCUUUGGGCUGCACGCCAGCCGUUGCCGUGCGUGACAGAUAACCGGCAGCGGUUGGUCCCGCGGCAUCGCCAUGUUGCGGCCCCAAGCAGACCAUGUGAGGGAGCUGAUGGGAGUGGUCGACCCCACUUCCACAGCGGAGCGCAAGGCCGCCUCCAAGGCUGCCAAGGCCAGCUACGCCGCGGAGCUGCAGGCGCAGAUGCGCGCCAACGAGGAGGCCAAGCAGCGCGAGCGGGCGGAGCGGAUGGGGCUGGUGCGGCCGCCGCCGCUGCAGGCUCCGCAGGCGCAGGUGCCGUACGGUGCGGGCAGCCCUGGCGUAGCCCCCAAGGACAGCAGCCAGGGCGGCGGCCUGCCCAGCUACGGAAGUGCGCCACCGCCCUACGCGCCAGCGCCAGUCUACUCGCCCACGGGACCUCCGGGAGCUCCGGGGCUGGCAGCGCCGGCCGGACCGUGGAGCCAGCCGCCGCCCUACCAGCCGGCCCCGCCGGGACCUUCGCCCUUCCAGCAGCCGGCCUACCAGCCUUCAGUCGCGGCGCCGCAGCCCUUUGCCGGAUCCUUCGGCAUGCCCUCUCCGGGCUACUCCGCUUCCCCGCCGGCGCAGUACAUGCCACCCGGUGCCGCAGGCGGCUACGGCCCUCCUCCUCAAGCCCUCAAUUACGCCAGCAGCGGCGGCUACGGCCCUCCCGCCGCACCCCCGCUCCAAGCAUUGCCGCAGCCGCCGCUGCUGCCAGGCCCCGUGCCGCCUGGGGGCCUGGGCCCUAACACCAUGCGGCGCAUGGAGCAGCAGGCCAAGAAGGACCAGUACCGACUGGAGCUGGAGGCGCAGAUCCGCGAGCGGGAGGAGCGCAAGGCGGCUGAGAAGGCGCGGCGCAUGGAGGAGGACAUGCGGAAGGAAGCUGAGAUGGCGGUUUACGCCAUGCACGGCGGCAUGGGCGGCGGCCGGGGAGGCGGCGGCGCGCCGCUGCGGGACGCCGCGGGCAACAUUGUGGCCAAUCUGGGCCAGUUGAACCGCGUUAACAGCGGCAUGGGGCCGGGUAGCCCGGGCAGAAUGGGCGGAAUGGGCAUGGGCGGCGGACCGCCGGAUUUCGGCAUGGGCGGUGGUCCUAUGGGCGGCCCGCCGCCUGGCAUGGGCAUGGGCAUGGGAGGGAUGCCGCCUCCAGGGAUGGGCAUGGGUGGCAUGCCGCCGCCAGGCAUGGGCGGCGGACCGCCCAUGGGCAUGGGAAUGGGGAUGGGCGGACCGCCCGGUAUGGGCGGCGGCGGCCCCAUGGAGGGCGGCCCGCCGGGUGUGAUGCCCAACUUCCGGUUCCGCAGCGACAACGCCUACCUGACGCCCGGGGAGCUGGACAACAAGCAGCGGCAGGCGCGUGAGCUGCAGGAGGCGCUGGAGCAGCAGAUACAGGAAAAGCGUCGUGCCAAGGAGCUGGAGAAGCAGCGCGAAAUACAGGAAAUAGCGCGCGAGGAGGCGCGCUUCCAGGCCAACGCGGGGCCGCAGGCGGCUAACGCCGCGGCGGACGCGGGAGGCCGUUCUAGGGACUCCAAAGAGGUGGUGGUGGACGCCUGGGAGAAGGCACGGCUCGAGGCGGAGGAGGCACGGCGCAAUAAGUUCGCCGCAAAGCGUGGUGCCGGAGGCGCAGCGCCGUCGGCAGGUGGCGGAGGCGACGGCGGGCCUUGGGGCGAUGGCGGUGGUGGCUUUGGUGGCGGUUUCGGUGGUGGCGGAGGCGGCGGUGGGCCGGGGUACGCACCGGAGCCCCCACCGCCGCCGCCGCCGCCGCCUCUGACUCAGCCGCUCCAGCCUCCGCCAAUGCCGCCUCCGCCACCACCUCCGAUGCCCAUGCCGCCACCGCCACCCUUAUUCCCGCAAGACCCGCUGCUUCCACUGGGCGGCGGCUCAGCAUUACUAGAUGCGCUGCCUAGGGCCACCGCCACAACGUUGCCCCCGGCCACGCCGCUGGUGGUGGAGAAGGUACGGCAGGUGGCGGCGGCGGAGCUGGCGGCGGUGAAGCAGGAGCUGGCGGCGGAGGCGGCGCAGCUGCGGGAGGUGGUGGCGGCGCAGGGGCAGCAGGUGGCGGCGCUCAAGUCGCAUGCGGAGCGGCUGGAGGCGGAGGCGGAGCGCGCGCGGGGGCACGUGGCGGCGAUGCGGGUGGGCAUGCUGCAACGAGCACUCAGCGGCGCCGGGUUCGCGCCGCAACCGGAGGAGCCCGAGCCCUUGAUGCGCGCAAUGGCGGAUUACGACCGCGUCGUCCUGACGGGGGCUCAGGCGGCGGCGGCGCCAGCAGCGGCGCCGCCGCCGGCACUUGUGGACAUCGGGCUGGACUUGCCGCCGACGGCGGUCGAGCUGCGCCGCCAGGCGGGGCCGCCGCCGAUGUUCGACAUGGGCCCUGUCAUCCCGCCCAUGAACAGCGCCGCGCUGAUGAUGGACAACAUCGCCGCCAGCGCCAUCAACGCCAGCGCCGCUAACGGCGCGGCGGCGGCGGGCGCUGCCGCCAGCGACGGCGGCAAUGGGCGGCCGCUGACCAGCGGUCUGCGCACCAUCAACCCCUUGGAAGCCUCUAUGGCGGCUGAGAGUGUGUUUAUCUUCCCGAAUGGACGUGAAAUGGGGAGGUACACGAACGCCGCGGCGGCGCGCGGCCAGCCCAUGCCUUCAACAACCAACAUGCCGACAGCGAUAUCUCCCGUCCAACCGGCAGCGUCAGCAGGGCCGAGCUCCGGCGGCGGUGUUAGCGGCGGCGGCGCGCUUCCCUUCCAGUCACUGCACAUGACUACCGGGGUGGGAUCUGCGGUCGGCGAGAUGCCCAUGGUGGCAACCACGCAGGAACUGGAAACGGGCCCUGUGCCGCAGACUCCCUUGGACCGCAGCAUGGCGCAGUCGGCGGGCGGGGCGCUCCUGGGGGCCUUGGGAACCACCCACCCUGCGCCACCACCGCUCGAGCCCCAGGACAGCAGUGGCGGCGGCGCGGCGGGGGCACUGGGUGGCGGUGCGGCGCCGCGGCGGCAGGCCUCGGGCCGGCGGCGCAGCGCCGUGGCUAUGGACCCUCUGGAGGUGGACUUGAUGCUGAGUCGCAACCAGGAUAAGCUGGCACUGCUCAAGAGCAUGACCGACCUGCCCGGCGGCGCCACCAGCAUUGAGGCCCUGGACGAGUUCCUCUCACGCUACGCGGCUCAGCGCCCCGGCCUGCCCGAGCGCACCGCCACACCCGUCCUUCGGAUCAACACACCCGACCUGGAGCUCGGCCGCCCCAGCGACGGCCCCGGCCUCGCCACCGCCACCGCCGCUGCGCCCUUCUUCGCCUACCCUUCCGCUACCGCUGGAGCCCGGGCUAGCACUCAAUCCCAGGACGCAGCAGCGGCGGGAAGCAGCGCCCAGCUCCCUGACGCAGCCAUCGCUGGAAAAACCGCUUCCGAGGCCCAGCCUCAAACUGCAGCCGACCGGCCGCCCAGCCAGCCCAACAGCCGACCCACAAGCCAGUCAAGAAGCCGGCCACCCAGUCAGCCCACAGCCGUACCCAUCUACUCCUCAAGAUCCAACAGCGAGGGGCCGCUGCCCAUGGGUGGCGGCCGGGUGCUGUCGACAGGCGGAGGCGGCAGCGGUAACGGCCGUGCUGCUGCCGGCAGCCUCCCAGGCACCCCCGACAAGCCGGGCACGUUGGCCAUGACUCGGCGGAACUCCUUCACCGGGGAGCGGCCGCCCCAGGAGGGGGUGCUGUCGCAGCACUUUGAGCCGCUGCUGGUGGGGUCGCGGCCCGCCAGCGGCGCAGGAGGCCUGGGCAGCACCGGCAGCGGGCUGCGCAACGCCAGCCCCCGGCCGCCCAUGCUGCCCAAUACCCGGUACAGCAGCAGCGGCGCCGGUGCCGGCAACGGCAACCCCAGCACCGGUGGUAACCCGGGCAGCACCGGUGGCGCCGCCGGCCGUGCCGAGAGCGGCAGUCGGGCCGGUAGCGCAGUCGGCGGCCGGCCACCCAUCCCCUCGCACACCCCACUCGCCACCUCCUCGCGGCCGGUAUCCGGCGUCCUGGCGGGGGGCGACACCGAGCGGCGCACGCAGACGCGGUCCGUACGGCGCCCCAGUCGCGAGCUGAUCGACGACAGCGGCCUCGCGGACUCCUCCACGUUCCCUAGCUACAGCCCCUCCGCUGCCGGCUCGCCGGGUCAGGGGCGGCCGCUGCUGCUGUCCCGAUCCCGCUCGCUGAAUGCAACUAAUGGUGGCGGGAAAGGGCCCGGCGGCGGCGGCGAUGGGUUAGAGCCGCUGCCGGCGCCUCCCCCAGAAGACAGUCUGGAUGUGGAGUUGCGCAAGGUGCUGAGCAUGUCCGGGCAGCAGGGGGGCCGGUCUGGCAGUCAGGCGGGGGGGCAGCGACAAGCGGGUGAGGGGGCGGCAGAGCCCCAGUUCCAGAUACCCCGCUCACCGCUGCUGUCUGGGGCGGCUCGGCCGGGCAGCAUCAGCGGCCAGCGGGGGAUCACGGGCGUCAGCGGGGGCGGGACGGGUGCUGCUGGGGUGGCGGCAAGCAACUGAGUCUGGGUUUGCUCGUCCUAGAUGCCACAGCAUUAGUCGGCAUCUCGUGUCUUUCUAGACGAUGUAUACAGCGUGUACCUAGAGCCUUGUGGUGUACGGUGCCGAAGUGGCAUUUUUUGCGCCUAGCUUGUGCUUCCGUAUGUAAUAUUGGGUACAGUGGAUACAGGAUGCUGUGUUGUUAUGACUGCAGACUGAGCACGCUGGGGAAGCGCGGGGAGGCAGUAAUAAGAAGCGUGCAACCGUUGCAGGUUAUUGGUAAUCGUAGUGGGCUAUGGAUAGGGUACCUUGUGAAUUUGGAGUGGAAUGGGAUUGCGAGCAGCACGGCGCCUCGCUGAAGGCUUUCCUAGGUGCAUCAUACAACUUGGGCGCUGUGCAGGCCUCGAAGAAUACGGUAUAUGCUCCUUGAUAUACUUCAUGGCAACAUCGUGUCACCUGGCAUGCGGACCUGACCCCGGGGUUGGUGCAGCGCAUCCGGAUGCGAAGGGACUGGGUGUUGCGGCGAAUUGUCUGUGCCUCUCGUGCGAUUAUUAUGGGGGAGUCAGAACGACUCAAGUGCGACGCACAACCCUAAUAAGGUCCUUCUAGGCUAUGCCGCAAAAUUAAGUCAGUGGGAUCAAUAGUCCAUCUUCAUGUAAGGGUUAAACCUGCCUACUAUCCUGCCACACUGCUAGACACCGCUACUUAGUUUCUGUCGACCAAUUCGUAUGCGUUUCGUUUCAUUUCGUGGAAGAAGGGUGAGACCCUCAAAGGAAACCUUUUCCCGAAGAAGACACUGGUUCUUAUAUUGUCCUGUUGUUUGCUGCUAUCGUGGGGGUUCAUUCUGUCCGCUAACUGUCUUCUGACUUCAGAGAUGCUGGCAACCAGUACCUACCUAAUAUCGCUGGCGCCCCACACAGAGAUGAUUUUUGCACAUUCCAUCUAGUCUGUGGUAUUUAGCCAACUGUCUCGUCUUGAAUUAACGUGCUUCCCCUGCGCAAAAUGCGCUACUUCCCUUCCAUCCGUACAUACGGCACCGGCCGACACCGUCAUUUGGCAAAGGCUUUAAGGAACAUCACAGAGAUUUUAUCUACACUUAAUUGUUCGACUCGUAGCCUCUACUGCUGAUGUCGAAACUACCGGUAGUACUUCUUAGCUAUGGCAGCCAGUCAGCGGCUGUUCAACUUUCUGGAGGAAGAACCCCAAGUUUUUUCACACCAGUACUCAGCACAAUAUGCUCUGGACUCGCUGGUCUGCGAACAGCUGCCUAAGCUUCCCGUAAACUAUGUGAUGGCUGCAGCUUAUGUUGGACCCACGUAUUGGCUAUGGAGGUCGGAACAAAGAGGAGUUCUGUGGAGAAACAAUGCUUGGCUACGUGAAGUCGACAAGGGCUCAUCAUGACUACCUCAAUUGAAGACUCAAGCGCGACCAAGGGCUCCUCUAGAUGACCAAGACUGAAUAUGCCAACACGACCAAUGGCUCAUCUUAACGGUCAAGACUGAAGACGCCUGCCUAACCGGCGGGUCCGGGAAAUUGUGAGGGCGCAUGGCCUGGCAAGCCAAGUAAGAGUAACAUGAGGAGUGUACGAUAAGCGAUGAUGUGAGCCCGCAUGGCCUGGCAAGCCAAGAGUGGCAUGAGGGGUGUACGAUUAGCGAUGAUGUGAGCCCGCAUGGCCUGGCAAGCCAAGAGUGACACGAGGGGAGUACGAUUAGCGAUGAUGUGAGCCCGCAUGCCCUGGCAAGCCAAGAGUGGCAUGAGGGGUGUACGAUUAGCGGCGGUGUGAGCCCGCAUGGCCUGGCAAGCCAAGAGUGACACGAGGGGUGUACGAUUAGCGAUGAUGUGAGCCCGCAUGGCCUGGCAAGCCAAGAGUGACACGAGGGGAGUACGAUUAGCGAUGAUGUGAGCCCGCAUGGCCUGGCAAGCCAAGAGUGACACGAGGGGUGUACGAUUAGCGAUGAUGUGAGCCCGCAUGGCCUGGCAAGCCAAGAGUGGCAUGAGGGGUGUACGAUUAGCGAUGAUGUGAGCCCGCAUGGCCUGGCAAGCCAAGAGUGACACGAGGGGAGUACGAUUAGCGAUGAUGUGAGCCCGCAUGCCCUGGCAAGCCAAGAGUGGCAUGAGGGGUGUACGAUUAGCGGCGGUGUGAGCCCGCAUGGCCUGGCAAGCCAAGAGUGACACGAGGGGUGUACGAUUAGCGAUGAUGUGAGCCCGCAUGGCCUGGCAAGCCAAGAGUGACACGAGGGGUGUACGAUUAGCGAUGAUGUGAGCCCGCAUGGCCUGGCAAGCCAAGAGUGACACGAGGGGUGUACGAUUAGCGAUGUUGUGAGCCCGCAUGGCCUGGCAAGCCAAGAGUGACACGAGGGGUGUACGAUUAGCGAUGAUGUGAGCCCGCAUGGCCUGGCAAGCCAAGAGUGGCAUGAGGGGUGUACGAUUAGCGGCGAUGUGAGCCCGCAUGGCCUGGCAAGCCAAGAGCGACACGAGGGGUGUACGAUUAGCGAUGUUGUGAGCCCGCAUGGCCUGGCAAGCCAAGAGUGACACGAGGGGUGUACGAUUAGCGGCGGUGUGAGCCCGCAUGGCCUGGCAAGCCAAGAGUGACACGAGGGGAGUACGAUUAGCGAUGAUGUGAGCCCGCAUGGCCUGGCAAGCCA